AUGGCCAUGGUCUCUCAAUCAUCAAUCGAUAACCCAUAUCUUAGAAAGCUGCGCCCUCGAAUCACACGAGAUUGUUUGAAAAUUGACCCUACAAUUAAAAAGGUGCAUCAGGAUACAGUCUUCAGCAUCCCUGAGUUAAUGAGUAUGAUCACCAGCUAUCUGACGCAGAAAGAACUCCGAGCACUUAUCCGCGUCUGCAAGUCGUGGAACAACAUCUGGGCGCCUCACCUCUAUGCAACAGUUACUCUUCACAAAUAUAGGCGUUCGCACAAGUAUCCCUCGUUGCAUGUUUAUGGGGAAUAUAUCAAGGGUCUAAGACUCCAGAGCAUAAUUAUGAACAGCAUCCUCCACAUUUUAGACCACACCCCCAAUCUUCAAUCACUCUCGCUCGAAUGGUGGACAGCUUCCAUGGACCUUCGUAAAAUUACCGCCAUGGCACCCCAGCUCCGAACCUUACAGUUUUACUCCUACAGAAUCUCCACCCAACCCUCUGGGUACACUAUCGCUGCUGCAGCUACACUGCCCAACCUUGAAAAUCUCAUUUGGAGAGGGAAUAUAGUACGCCUUGACGACCUCCUUCUUGUCCUCAAGUCAUGCAGCAAACUCAAGUCUCUUGUUUUAUUGUCAGUCACUAUCGUGGAUAAGCCGUCAAUCAGCGAGGAUACGGAACAGAUGACCGUAAAUACCAACCAUUCAAGUAUUGCCAUAGCAGCGGACGAUGACUGGAGAAACCUGGCCCUUCGCUCAAUCACCCUUGACACGGUCUCGUUAGGUCCCACUGAGAUAUCUUGGGUUGAGUUGAAGGAUCCUCAUCCUACUCUUCGACAAAUCUUUCUGCGUCUUCCUAAUCUCACACAUAUCAGAUACUCCUCCAUGCGCAAGCUUACGACUGCAAGCUGGGACUUCAUUUUAAAAGGCCGCUCUGGCCUGCAGUGUGUGGCGAUACAUAGACCUUUUGCGAUUAUCAAUACUGGGGAAAAAAUCAUUAUGGCCUUGGCCACAAACUGUCCAGAUUUGAAGGAACUUAACAUCGACUUUAUUUCAGAUGCAACAGAUGAGAGUCUGGCAACUCUUAUGCAAAACGCACGUCGAUUGGAGAAGGUCAGCGCCAAGCAAACACGCUUCGGACCUUUAGCAAUGAAAGCGCUCAUAAAUACCCCUACGGGAAAUAGUCCCACCAACACCAUUACCGCUGCUCACAUGGCCUUUAUCAAUAACAGCGCAACCCCGUCACCAGUAUAUAACCUCGUGGAACUCGACUUUCAACAUUGUCUUCAAGUAACAGAUACAGUUGCGGCUUUGGUUAUGGAGAAUUGUAUACGUUUGCGGAAAUUGAAUUUGUCGCAGACUUGCGCAGGAACAAUUGAGCUUUAUCAAGGAACUAAGCCAUGGUCAGUUGCUAGUACACUCCAAGUCUUGCACAUUGAAGUCCAACCGCGCGGUUACCAAGGCCCAACCCCUGGUCAGGCUUGGAACAAUCAGGAGCAUGAAAACAUUACCCAUUACACACCUGAGGAGCAAUCAGUUAUCAGGGAGCGACUAAAAACAUUAAGAUCUUUGAAAACGUUGGAGAUGUCUGGACGCGCCAUGGAGUUGACAUUGCUUGAAGACUUCUCGUUUGCGCCUAAUCUUCGGCGAGCGAUCCUUGCAAUCCUUUUUAGAGCUCGAGCCAAUCAUAAUGAUUUUAAACUUGUUCGGGCUAGAGUGCUGGAAUGGGGUGCGGCGGUCUUUCCUGGGUGGAUCCUUCAGGCUGGAUCGGGAUUCAGUAAUUUUGGACCUCUUUUUAUGCUCGGAGCUUUUGCUGAGAAAGAAUUUGUAUACUAG